CUACUACGCUUACGUACUAGUAGGUUCCUAACUCUGCGGCGGAUCUUGGGACGCCAAAGCCCACCAACUAUGCAAUCCUGUCACCUGCUAAGCUGCGCCACCCCAUCCCUCAGUGAACAACCCUUUCUACCUUCAACUGAAUCCUUAAAGCAAUCAUCUCUUUCAUCCGGGUUUCUGUAUUUGUGGAUCACAGAGAACCUUUGAUGGGUAAUUCAAGCCGCCAUGUCACAUCCCGAAGCGACCCGGACAGCGUCUUUGGAGGAGCAAGAUCCUAGGGGAGAGCUCGAUGACAAGAAGCCUAAGACUAGACGACCUGCCAACACAGCCUUUCGUCAACAACGCUUAAAAGCCUGGCAACCUAUCUUGACACCUAAGAGCGUGCUUCCUCUUUUCUUCGUCGUCGGUGUCAUUUUUGCUCCGAUUGGCGGUCUUUUGCUAUGGGCUAGUUCUCAAGUACAAGAGAUAGUCAUAGACUAUUCAGAAUGCGCUGCAAAAGCGCCCACGUCUUAUGCAGCCUCGAUAUCAGAUAAAGUUCACUCUUCGUUCAAAUCAUCCAGCGAAGAAUCACCCCCAACCUGGCAAAGGUUUAAUGAGAGUGGAACUACAGUCUGUCGACUGAUCUUUGAGAUUCCUGAUACUUUAGAGCCGCCUGUGUUUUUAUAUUAUCGCCUAACGAACUUCUACCAAAAUCACCGCAGAUAUGUAAAGUCUAUGGAUAUAGACCAGCUAAAAGGGAAGGCGGUUGAUAAUGCCACCAUCGAUGGCGGUUCAUGUGACCCUCUCAACCUGGAUCCCAUAACCGGCAAAGCGUAUUAUCCAUGCGGCCUUAUUGCCAACUCUCGGUUCAACGAUACAAUUUAUAGCCCGAAACUUCUGAGCGACGGCGUGGACGCGAAGACAUACAACAUGACCAAUAAGGGUAUUGCCUGGGAUAGUGACAAGCAACUAAUCAAAAAGACUCAAUACAAUAAAUGGCAGGUGGUUCCGCCCCCCAAUUGGCAUGAUCGCUACCCAAACGGUUAUGUUGACGGUAUCCCCAACCUCCAUGAGGACGAGGAAUUCAUGGUUUGGAUGAGAACUGCAGCCCUUCCGUCUUUUAGUAAGUUAUCGCUGCGAAACGACACAACGGCGAUGACCGCAGGUAGCUAUCAGCUGGAUAUUGAAGACCGCUUUCCUGUCACUGAGUAUGGGGGUACGAAAUCCAUACUGAUAUCUACUCGAACCAUAAUGGGGGGGCAAAAUCCAUUCAUGGGGAUUGCAUAUGUUGUUGUUGGCGGACUUUGCAUUGUUCUCGGAGCAUUGUUCACCAUUGCACAUUUAGUACGGCCUAGGAAACUUGGGGAUCAUACUUAUUUGACCUGGAACAAUGAACAAGAGAGUGUAGCUGUGACAAGCGGCAGGUUUGGCUCUCAUGUCCCUUAGAGGGCCGCCACCUCUGCGUCGGCUGCUUCAAGAAUUCCCAUUCCGU